AUGCCACUGGAGGUGAUCUACGUGGCCCGUCAUGGGUUCAGAUCAAACUGGCUCGUUGAUCACGCCACUGGCACCUACACAGCGACCCUACGGUCGCCAACUGGUGGAGCGGCUGAUCCGGCUCUGACAUCCCAUGGCGUUGAUCAAGCGAGGGAGCUUGGCGAGCGGCUGUUGAAGGCAGAGCCGCCCAUUGAGCGCGUCUAUUCCAGUCUAUACUACCGAUGUCUUCAGACAGUCGAACCCUUUGUGCGCAAGGCCAUCGUCACUGACAAGCGCCUGUCCAUAAGGGGCGAGACUGGUCUGGGUGAGUGGUAUGGAGCAGCCAACUUUGAGCACCCGGUCCCAGCGUCCCAUGAAAUUCUGAGGCCGCUGUUCCCGGGCCUGCUCAACGAAGAGUACAGACCGCUAGUAACGCCGACCCGCAUGGGAGAGGGUGUUGAUGAGCUGCAUGACCGAGUCGCCAGGACCAUGGACGAGCUCAUUGCUCAGUGCGACAGAGAGGGCGUGCGUGCCGUUCUGCUCUGCUCACAUGCUGCCACCAUAAUCGCUUUGGGCCGAGUGUUGACUGGUGACAUGCCGGAGAGCAUCGACACUGAGGACUUUCGGGCCUUCACCUGCGGGUUGAGUGUCUACAGGCGACGGGCAUCCCCCGCGGGAACCGUAUUCGGGACAGUUAAGUGUGACGGCGAUGGCAUUGCAACCUCGUCAGGGACCUCUGCUGCACACGCUGCAGAUCGUCACAAGGAUCUCGCCUGGAGAGGUGGUCGGGGCGUUGGUGGGGGUUGGAUGUGUGAGCUCAAUAGUGACUGCAGUCAUCUUUCACUAGGGGAGGAGCGAGGCUGGCGCUUUUCCGGAGACGAGUCGUUCUUUGGUACUGCUUCGGGACAAAGCAUGCUCGAUGCUGGACAGCUGGGAGUGGUUGUCGAGGGCAGAGGGGGUGAAUCGACAAAUCGGGGAAAGCUUUGAUACUCGUUGCUUUGCUCCUGGUACUAUGCGAAGUCAGCUUCAUACCCUGUCCAUACUGGCUGACUGUUUCCUCCCUCCAUGGAGGCAGUGAUUUUCAGCGCACAGACGAGAACCUCCUCCCUUUUCUCCCAGUAUGAGACAACAACACAAUUGAACAACACCAUGUCCUCAUGUUCGUAUUUUCUUUUGCGAGGAGCGUGCUAUCGUCAACACUAUGAUCACUAUGAUGAUAUGCGUACCAGGAAACCAAAAUGUGACAGCUGCGGUGUUACCAUCCCUAGUUCAAGACCCCCUCUGGGGAGCACCAGAUCUAUCCGUUUGCGGGGCCAUCGAGUUACGUCAAUGGUGGCGUCUGCAACUCGGCUUGGCGUGUUGGGCUGGCCGAGGAGCAGAGUGAGAGGUCAUUUUCCUCGUCAUAAAAUACCCCGCUUGGAGACAGUGGGCAGCUUGGUUUGUUGAUGUGAGACAGGCCUCAGAAUAGAAUGGUCAUUGUUUCGAGUAUCUACCUUCUAGACGCUCGUUCCUGAAUCAGGUAGAGGCAGAGGGGCAAGCCAGCAAGACAAGUGAGAGAGAGAGGACGUGAGCCCUAUCGAUCCAGCUUCCGGGUCGAGUACUGGUGCGGCCCUUGUGACCCCCCAAGACGCCAACAGGUGCGGCAUCAGUUCCUAGUCACUGCUCGCCAAUCACAAAUGCCGCUUCCGAUCUGCGAGAGAGCGGAGAGGGAAAUGAACGACAGUCCAAUCUCUGCGCAAAAAGAUGCUGUGUUGGCGAUGGCGGCAGGGUUGGGGAAAAGUGAUAUAUGAUAGAAUCUUGGGCGGUAUGUGGGUCAAAGAUCAAAGCGAGCGGAAAAGUUGGCCAUCAAAAGACCGAAAAGUCGAAAAAGGCAUUCAGCUGAAGUUGGGAUGUCCAGAGAGCUGCAUUGGGAGGUGACUUGUUCCUUUCCUGCCUUGUUUACUUUACAUGGGAUAAUGUGUAAGGGCGACGGUAUUCGCGCGUCUUGGAAGCAGCUAACCGAUGCAAGAUGUUAAGUGUCUUGCAGCAAGGCUGUCUCGAGUCUCGAUCUCUGGCAGAUGGCUGCUCUGGCAAUGGCCCAAUCAGAUAUUGUCUUGCAUACUUGACUUGUUCUCUCUCUGGCCAAUCAUAGACGUGUCAUGUUUCAUACGACUUGAGAGCCGACGGAUAGCCGCCUCGCCCAAUGACUGUCAGAUGCAGAUGAAGGCAGCAGGCUUGAAGAUACGACGUACGAGUUGCUACCUUACUUAGCCUACCUUCCCUACUCCCCAUCUCGGAGUCCGACGUGGGUGGGAGUGCUGAUAAAGCGUGGCCUGCUGAGAUGAUUCGAAACGCUGAACUGGGAGGAGAGCAGAUGACACGAGCCGGGCAGUCGCU